UUCUCUCUCUCUCUCUCUCUCUCUCUCUCUCUCUCUCAAUUUAGGCUUGUAGGUUUUCGGAUUUCACUCACUCUCUCUGCAAAUCGGACACAUCUAAGCAAAAGAAACUCGAACAGGUGUCCUUCUCAGCAAUAUUCCGAAACUUAGGGUUUCCGAACCUUCCAAUCCACCCCCCCCAUCAUCCCUAACCGCACUCCGUUUCCCUACUCGGAAUUUGAAUAUUUUCGGGUUUUUCUAGAUUCCUCGUACAUUACGGUUCGGAUUUAAGCCAUUUUGGAUAAGGUACUUGUAAUAUCUGGUAAUCUCAGCCUCCAAUUGGUCGAUCUGCUGGAAUGGACGCGCGAGAUUCCUCGUCCUCGAUGGCUGCCGCUGCUCCCAAUCGCGACGGGUCCUCGGGCACCGACGACGACGCCGUUUUGUCCGUUGUGGCUGCGCUCGCCAAGGACGCCGCCUUGCACUUCCAGUCGGGAAAGUUCGCCGAGUGCGCCGAGGUCCUGAACCAGCUCUUGCUCAAGAAGGAAAACGAUCCUAAAGUUCUUCACAAUGUUGCAAUUUCCGAGUUCUUUCGGGAUGGCUGCUCAGAUCCUAAGAAGUUGCUUGAAUCACUUAAUAAUGUCAAGAAGAGAAUUGAGGAGCUUGCCUGUGCAUCUGGAGAACAGGUGGAGGCUGUUAGCAAUCUUUUGAAUAAAGUCACUUUGGGGUCUAAAGGAAGUACGAUGGCAAAUCAACUUUCCACAACAAAUAGUUCCAAUAUUGUUUACACAGAUGAAUUUGACACUUCCGUGGCAAUCCUAAACAUUGCGGUUAUCUGGUUCCAUCUCCAUGAAUAUACAAAGGCAUUAUCGGUUCUAGAACCUUUGUAUCAAAAUAUUGAACCGAUAGAUGAGACAACAGCUCUUCAUAUCUGCCUCUUGUUGCUAGAUGUUGGGCUUGCUUGCAAUGAUGCUUCAAAGUCUGCUGAUGUAUUAAUUUAUUUGGAAAGAGCUUUUGGUGUUAGUUGCACAAGUCAAGGUGACAAUGGCAACACAACACAACAGUCUGGGAACCUCGUUGCAAAAUCUUCCUCUGUUCCUUCACCGGCUACAGAUGCUUCUCAUUCAGAUUUAGCUGCUAGUGUGAACGCCUCAGAAAAUACUUUAUCGAGGACCUUAUCAGAGGAGGCACUUGAAUAUGAAACCAUGUUCUCAACACUAGAUAUCGGUGGACAAAAUCGAGUGAGGCCUUCUGGUAUUUCGUCUUCAAAUGAUCUGUCAAGGCCAACUGUUGAUAGGUCUUUGACCACAGUUGAUCUGAAGCUUAAGUUGCAGCUUUAUAAAGUUCGGUUUCUGCUUCUCACUAGGAACCUCAAGCAAGCAAAACGUGAAGUCAAGCAUGUUAUGAACAUUGCACGUGGGAACGAUUCAUCAACGGAGGCUCUCCUCCUGAAGUCUCAGAUUGAAUCUGCACGCGGCAACCACCGUAAAGCCAUUAAGCUGUUAGUGGCUUCAAGUAAUCGGACAGACAUGGCAAUUUCAAGCAUUUUCAACAACAAUCUUGGGUGCAUUUAUUAUCAGCUUGGGAAAUACCACACAUCAUCAAUAUUUUUUUCGAAGGCACUGACUAAUACUUCAUCACUUCGGAAGGAAAAGCCGCUAAAGCUGUCAACUUUCUCCCAGGAUAACUCUUUUCUUAUAAUAUAUAACUGCGGUAUACAGUACUUGGCCUGUGGGAAACCAAUUCUUGCCUCUCGCUGCUUCCAGAAGGCCAGUUUGGUGUUCUACAACCGACCUCUCUUAUGGCUCCGACUUGCUGAAUGCUGUCUGAUGGCUUUAGAGAAGGGACUACUAAAAACUAAUCAUGCUCCAUCAGAAAGAUCAGAGGUCAAAGUCCAUGUUGUUGGCCAGGCAAAAUGGAGGCAACUUGUUGUCAAAGACGGGAUAUCAAGAAACAGACAUGUGGACUCUGUUGAAGGGGAUACUUUUACUCUGAGAAGUGAUGGGCAACCAAAGCUUUCAAUGUCGCUUGCCCGGCAGUGUCUGCACAAUGCUCUGCACUUGCUGAACUCUUCGGAGUGGAACUAUUCAAAAUCUGAUUUGCCCUCUAGUUCCUCCUUGGAGGAAAAUGAAUCAAGUGAAGCGGCUUCGUCUAAGAACUCAAACUACAAGAACUUAAACAACAUUGAUUCAAAAGCAUUUACUGUAACAAUAGGUGUAGGUCAGGCUAAUGCAAAUGGUGACGCCAAAGAACCAAAGGGAGGAACAAGUCAGGAGCUCAUACAGAAUUCUCUCUCCUAUUAUGAAGAUAUUCAGAGAAGAGAAAAUCAGUUGAUCAAGCAAGCUAUUCUUGCUAACGUAGCCUAUGUAGAGUUGGAACUGCAAAACCCCACGAAGGCCCUGUUGACCGCUAGGUCUCUCUUGGAACUAACAGAAUGUUCUAGAAUUUACAUCUUUCUUGGACAUUUGUAUGCAGCGGAGGCCCUCUGCCUGUUAAAUAGACCAAAGGAAGCUGCUGAGCAUUUGUCGAUUUAUUUGUUUGGGGGAAGUAAUUUUGAUUUGCCAUUCAGCGAAGAGGACUGGAAGCAAUGGCAAGUGGAGAGGACCGUCGAUAGCGAAGAGUUUAAUGGAGUAUCAGUGACUACCAUGAAUUCUUUAGCUGAGGACCCACAAGGUAUCGUCUUCCUAAAGCCGGAAGAGGCGCGUGCAGCACUUUAUGCAAAUUUUGCUGCGGUGUCUGCCAUGCAAGGCGAACUUGAGCAGGCCCAUCAAUUUGCGACGCAAGCACUAUCCAUAUUACCCAACAGUCGGGAAGCGACUCUGACUUUGAUUUAUGUGGAUCUCAAGCUCGGUAAGUCUACAGAAGCUCUUGCCAAGUUAAAGCAGAGUAGUCGCGUCAGGUUCCUCCCCAGUGGCGUAACAUUGAAUAAUUCUUCUUGAUUGUUGAGCCGAAUGUCCAGCCCCCCCUUCUCAGCAUUAGAUAGCGGUUAGAUCAGCAAUCCUUUCGAGGAUAUGUAACAUAUAUAUAGUUCAAUUCAGGGAAUAAAGUUUCCUCUUUUUUUAUUUUUUUUGGCCCCUUAUAAUUUUUCACAUCUAGAGUCCAUUACUUGGGGGUGGUGGCUGUGUCUGUGUUUUGGUUAGUUCGGAUGCCCACCUUUCAGAUUUGAGAUGUAGUUUGAUUGGGGUUAUCGUGUUGUAGUGGCUAAUCCAGUUGGUGUUCAAGAAUAGAGAGAGAUCAUGUGCUUCUCGAGAAAGGAAUUGACAUUUUUCGAUUUGAAUUUGAAUUCCCAAGUCUUCUUUUCAUUUCAAA